UAGAAAUCUGCAACUAGCACUGCAACCUCUUACAAAUCUAAACUGUAAAUUAAAAAAUCUCCAAUUUUUUUAGUUAGACUCCCAAAUCUCUCAUUCGUUCGAACAAAGAGCACCCUCUCUUUCGAUCACUUUCUCUAUAUAUCUUUGCUUCGUCAGAUCUGCUACACUGCACACCAUUGGAGCUGCCAAGAGAGAAUCGUGAGAGAUCGAGAAAUUUCGGGAGCUGCAAAGCUAACGGUCACCAUUCUUAGACCUUCAUACUUGUCCCACAGGUUGCAUCGUCGAGGUUUUGAGAACAAAGCAUAAUACAUACAUACAUGGAUGCUGAGGCUGCAAAAACUGCUAGGGAAUCUCUAGACCUGGCAUUUCACAUGUCGAAUAUGCUUGACACCGGCCUUGAUCGUCACACCCUUUCUGUUCUCAUUGCUCUCUGUGAUUUGGGUCUCAAUCCUGAAGCAUUAGCUGCUCUCGUCAAGGAACUCCGAACAGAAACCCUCAACUCUUCAUCUCAGACUUGAAUUCAACAGGUUCUCUUUUGCUUGUGUCAAAAAAUGAUUACUGAAGCUCAUUUGGUUUUUGUGUUAAUGGCUAAAUGAAACUAGGGAAAUGAAUUCGAGAGUGUUGAUUAGAAUUUAUCAAUGUCAGAUUGGUUGAAAAACAAACAAGAAUUUAUUUAGUUUAUUAAACUUGAUGUGUGGAUUGUUUUUCUUUAGAGUCAAUCUGUUUAAACUUUGUUGUUGUGUUGAUUAAAAUUACAUUGUAUUGUAUACCCCUUUUUAGAGUUUCUAGUUGAACAAGGCAAAAAUUAUCUGGUCAUUUAUUAAUCUUCAACUAUCUUUGUUCUA